CGCCUCGCCGCCAUGGCGAAUGCGCUGUCCAGUCAUCCGCCGGUAGUGGCCGCGACUUCCCCUCAGGAAGCCAGGUCUCCGCCUCCUCCUCCCGUCCCGCCUGCUCUGCGGCGGAGGCGGCGGCGGCGGCAGCGGUUGUUCCUGCCUCUCCGCCACCUCCACCGCGGUUUAUCCCCUGGCCGGCGGCGUUGGCGGGGCGGGGGACAGUAGUUGUAGACGCCCGCCCCUGCCUCAGAGAAGGUUCUGGGGUACAUGUGCAGAUCAUUCAGGAUUGUUGCAUAGAUACCACAUUGAGUGAACAAAGACUGGACUUUUACAGAUACCUUUUAUAAAAGAUGUCUGUGGAGUAGUGUUACAGUUCAGAUAACAAAGGAUUUUGCAUUAUGAGAUGAAUGAGAGUGGAGAAUUGAACAAAAAUUGAUUUUUAAUUUCUGAAUCAUGGUUUUUUAGCUCACCAGUUACUGUAUAGUCUCACUAUUUGAAAGUUCAUGCUGCAAAACUGGGUGAAUAUGAUCAGAUUUCUCCACCAAGUUCUCAGCCUGAUAAGGAACAUCCUAUUUUGUCAACCUAAUGAAGCAUUCAAAGAAGACAUAUGACUCUUUUCAAGAUGAACUUGAAGAUUAUAUUAAAGUACAGAAAGCCAGAGGCUUAGAGCCAAAAACUUAUUUCAGAAAGAUGAGAGAAGACUAUUUGGAAACCUGUAGGUACAAAGGAGAGGUUGAUUCCAGAUGCACAUAUAGAAUGUUUAAUCAAAGACUCCCGUCUGAAACCGUCCAGACCUACCCAAGAUCAUGCAAUAUUUCACAAACAGUGGAAAAUCAGUUGCCUCAGUGGUUACCAGCCCAUGACACCAGAUUGAGAGAAGACUCUCUGAGCUACUGUCAGUUCACUAGGAACUGUUUCUCAGAAAAACCAGUACCCUUAAAUUUUAAUCAGCAAGAAUAUAUUUGUGGCUCACAUGGUGUAGAAUCUAGAGUUUAUAGGCACUACUCCUCAGAUAACAGUACCAGUACCCAUCAAGCCAGUCACAAACAGAUACAUCAGAAGAGGAAAAGGCACCCAGAGGAAGGCAGAGAAAAAUCAGAGGAGCGGGCCAAGCAUAAGAGAAAAAAAAGUUGUGAGGAAAUUGAUUUAGACAAACACAAGAGCAUCCAAAGAAAGAAAACAGAGGUGGAAACAGAAACCGUACAUGUCAGUACAGAAAAGCUUAAGAAUCGGAAGGAGAAAAAAAGCCAAGAUGUAGUCUCUAAGAAAGAGGAACAUAAGCAUACAAAAAAGAAAAAGGCACAAGGCCAAGAAAGGACAGAAGAGGAAAUGCUUUGGGACCAGUCUAUUCUUGGAUUUUGAAGCUUUCAAAGUUGGUUCUCCCAAAGUUAAAUUGAAAAAAUAGUUGAGAGCGUGGUUUUAUGAUGGCCAUGUUCAUAUCACUUGUCUUAUAUGAAUAGGAUCUUUAAUUUCUAACAAAGGCCAAGUGAACAGAAAGUGUUUAGCAUGCUUGCUCUCCAACACAGAAAUUACUUUUCCUCAUUUUCUAAAAGCGUUAUUACGUUUUUCUCACAUAUAAUUUCUUUUAAUGAAAGUGGCUCUGCUUUUAUUAAUCAGAUUGCUUUGAUGGUGGAAUUAUUUUCUCUUGGGAAGUUAUUUAUUAUAAGAGGAUUAAUGGACUUUGCUGAAUCUAUUUCUAGAUUGAGUUUGUUAUAGUUUUGAGUUGGGUAUUUUAUGUUUAUUGGUUUUUCUCUAUGGUGGCAAUUUUUUUCUCCUUUCUUAGAUCUAACUUGCAGUGUAUUUUCUAAGCUGGAAAGUGGAAAAUGAAAUACAUUAUUAUAAUAAGCUUGGGUAACAUAGAGUUUCUAAAGUUUCAAAGAAUAUUGAUACAAAAUCAGUUUAUAUUCUGGAAAUAUUUAUAAUAAAGUAUUAUAAUUUCUA